AUGUGGCGCAUUUCCGGGUUGAUAGUAGUUCUUGUAGCGAUGCUGUUUGCUGAAGCUGGAGCAGGUAGCCCGGUGCUUACAACAUCAUCCAAAACAACGUCGGCAAAGACUACCACGAAACGAAUAACAACUACCCGAUCGACUAAGGUUCCUCCACCCACAACAGUACCACCUACUCCUCCCUGUGCGGCUGGUCAAGCAUGUGUUUGUAAAACCGGUUACCUCCGUCAAUACGUUGGAGGUCCAUGUGUUCUGCCAAGAAAUUGCAUACGUAAAUAUUGUAUGCAGGUGUUCAUUAAAUGUUUCGGAAAGCCAGUUUGCACUCCGGGAUGCGUUUGUAAAGCGGGAUACAUCCGGAAUUACGUUGGAGGAAAGUGUAUUAGAGAGGACAGAUGCUUUGUUGACUGGGCUACCAGACCGCCAAACGAUCUUACGCUCGGGCCCAACUACGGACAAUGCGCCUUCAACGAGGAAUUUACAUGUUGUGCGCCCUGCCCGGAAACAUAUUGCGAUGGAACUAGUGUGAGUUGUCCGACAAAACCCGUUUGCACUCCGAAAUGCGUCUGCCGCCGAGGGUAUCUCCGUUCCAAGAAUGGCGGCUGUAUACCAUCAGAAACUUGCCGCAAAAUGCAGAGAUAUGAAGUUUUCUCCCAAACGGAGGACAGUACGUUGGUCCCUCUGCAGCCCGGUGAAAAAUGCCCUAUCAAAUCCUGCCCUGGACGGAACGAAGUGCUGAAGUCUUGCGGGCUUUGCUACCAAAAUACAUGUCUUAAUGAUAGUGUGCAAAUCUGCAAAAAUAUAUGCUACUGCGGAUGCCACUGCAAGUUGGGAUACGUGCGGGUGACGCCAACCGGCCGCUGCGUCCUUCCCAAACAGUGCCCGUCGAUCAGCAUGGAUGAAUAG